CAGGUUUGAUUGGUCGAAUAUAAAACAUGGAAAGGACCUCUCCCCAAAUACUCCAUCAAUAUCUCCUCCGCCUAUCACCGCCGCUAGCAACCCAUCAUCUCCGCCACCGCCGUCGUAAUGUUCGAAACCAAGUUAAAUCCUUCAUGCCCUUAACAGAUCUAAUCCUCCGACGGAUUACUACCACCACCACCACUCCUCCGAUUCAAUUUAGAUUCAACCACCAAAAGCCCUUCUCUCUAAAAAGGGAUACAAUCUCAAUUUACCCCAAAACUAUGUCAGAUCAAUCAAAAGAGACGGAUAUUCAACCGGGCAACGCCGGCGCAACGGACCUCGGAGAAAGCGGAGACGAAAAGCAGAAGGAAUUGGAAAAGUCAAAGUCAACGCCGCCGCCGGAGAAGCCGUUGGCGGGGGAUUGCUGCGGCAGCGGGUGCGUGAGGUGCGUUUGGGACGUGUAUUACGAUGAACUCGAGGAAUACAACAAGCUUUACAAGGCAAAAUAGAUUAAUCUUGUUUGUGAUUUUGUUAAUUUAUUAUUUUGCAAUUCCAUUUAUAAAAUACCUUAAUAGAUUAUUGUUCAACUGGAAUCUCUCUCUCUAUAUAUAUAUAUAUGAUGUUUU